UGAGGCAGUAAGAGCGAGCGGCGGGCGUGACGGUGGAGCCGGUUGUUGGGCGGCCAUGAGCUACGAGCACCGCCGGGACUGGGGCCGCGGCGGCGAUGGCGGGCCUUCCUCCGCCGCGGGGGGACACGGGGGCCGCGGCGGGGGCCGCGGGCGCCACCCAAGCCACCUCAAGGGCCGUGAAAUCGGGCUGUGGUACGCGCGGAAGCAGGGUCAGAAGAGCAAGGAGACGGACCGGCAGCAGAGAGCCGUCGUGCGUAUGGAUGAACGCAGAGAAGAGCGAAUUGUGCAGCUCUUGAACACUGUCCAAACUAAAAAUGAAAAAGAGCAAGAAGCCAUGUCCUGGUGGUCUGGGGAUGAAGAAGGACCUACUCCAGAACAACCCCCUAAAGUGAAAGCAGAGGCUGAAAAAGCUCCUGUAAGACAGAGACCAGCCUUGGAAAAAACAUCUCUUGAUCGGGAUGUGGAAUACCUCUUUGAAAAAAAUGAGCAGGAUACUAAUUUAGAUGAGCAACUUAAAGAAGACUUAAGAAAGAAGAAAUCUGAUCCUAGAUAUAUUGAAAUGCAGAGAUUCCGAGAGAAACUCCCUUCAUAUGGGAUGAGACAGGAACUUGUAAACCUUAUAAACAAUAAUCGAGUAACUGUGAUCAGUGGUGAAACUGGUUGUGGAAAGACAACCCAAGUGACACAGUUCAUCCUGGAUGAUUACAUUGAGCGAGGGAAAGGGUCUACAUGCAGGAUUGUUUGUACUCAGCCUAGGAGGAUCAGUGCCAUCUCGGUGGCUGAGAGGGUGGCUGCUGAAAGGGCAGAAGUAUGCGGUAGUGGCAAGAGUACAGGAUACCAAAUUCGUCUACAGAGUCGGUUACCAAGGAAACAAGGUUCAAUAUUGUACUGUACUACAGGAAUUGUCCUACAGUGGCUCCAGUCAGAUAAGAACUUGUCCAGCAUUAGUCAUGUAGUCCUUGAUGAAAUUCAUGAAAGAAAUCUUCAGUCAGAUGUUUUAAUGAGCAUUAUUAAAGAUCUUUUGAAUAUUCGUUUGGACCUGAAAGUAAUACUCAUGAGUGCUACUCUAAAUGCGGAGAAGUUUUCGGAGUAUUUUGAUAAUUGUCCAAUGAUUCACAUACCUGGAUUCACCUUCCCUGUGGCAGAAUAUCUCCUCGAAGACGUAAUUGAGAAGUUGAGGUAUACUCCAGAAAACACAGACCGUCGGCCACGGUGGAAGAAAGGCUUCAUGCAAGGACAUGUAAGCAGGCCAGAAAAAGAAGAAAAAGAGGAAAUCUACAGGGAACGAUGGCCAGGCUACUUAAGGCAGCUGCGGGGCAGGUAUUCAGCAAGUACUAUAGAUGCCUUGGAAAUGAUGGAUGAUGACAAGGUUGACCUUGACCUUAUAGCAGCGCUUAUCAGGCACAUUGUUUUGGAAGAAGAGGAUGGUGCAAUUCUUGUGUUUCUUCCAGGCUGGGACAACAUUAGCACGUUGCAUGAUCUCUUGAUGUCACAAGUCAUGUUUAAAUCAGAUAGGUUUAUUAUCAUACCUUUACAUUCAUUGAUGCCUACUGUUAACCAGACUCAGGUUUUUAAGAAGACCCCGCCAGGAGUAAGGAAAAUCGUGAUUGCUACCAACAUUGCAGAGACUAGCAUUACAAUAGAUGACGUCGUGUUUGUUAUAGAUGGUGGAAAAAUAAAGGAAACUCACUUUGACACACAGAACAACAUUAGCACAAUGGCAGCAGAGUGGGUUAGUAAAGCUAAUGCCAAGCAGAGGAAAGGUCGAGCAGGAAGAGUUCAGCCAGGCCACUGUUAUCAUCUGUACAAUGGACUCCGGGCUAGCCUUCUAGAUGAUUAUCAGUUACCAGAGAUCUUGAGGACACCUUUGGAAGAACUCUGUUUACAAAUCAAGAUUCUAAAGCUUGGUGGAAUUGCUUAUUUUCUGAGCAAACUAAUGGAUCCACCAUCUCGUGAUGCUGUAAUGCUGGCCAUAAAUCAUCUAAUGGAGCUGAAUGCUUUGGACAGACAAGAGGAACUGACUCCACUAGGAGUCCAUUUAGCACGAUUACCAGUUGAACCACAUAUUGGAAAAAUGAUCCUCUUUGGAGCUUUAUUCUGCUGCUUGGAUCCAGUUCUUACAAUUGCAGCCAGCCUCAGCUUCAAAGACCCUUUUGUCAUCCCUCUGGGCAAAGAGAAAGUAGCAGAUGCAAGAAGAAAGGAAUUGUCAAAGAACACUAAAAGCGAUCAUCUAACUGUGGUGAAUGCUUUCAUGGGCUGGGAAGAAACUCGGCGUCGUGGCUUCAGAACUGAGAAAGACUAUUGCUGGGAAUAUUUCCUGUCUUCAAAUACACUUCAGAUGCUGCAUAACAUGAAAGGGCAGUUUGCUGAGCAUCUCCUUGCAGCUGGUUUUGUGAAUAGUAGAGACCCCAAGGAUCCCAAAUCUAAUACCAACUCAGAUAAUGAGAAGUUGCUCAAAGCGGUCAUCUGUGCUGGUUUAUAUCCGAAAGUUGCAAAGAUCCGGCCAAGCUUCAGCAAAAAGAGAAAAAUGGUGAAAGUUUGCACCAAGACAGAUGGCACGGUUAAUAUUCAUCCUAAAUCAGUUAAUGUGGAAGAAACAGAGUUCCAUUAUAACUGGCUUGUGUACCAUUUGAAGAUGAGAACUAGCAGUAUUUACUUGUAUGACUGUACAGAGGUCUCUCCAUACUGUCUCUUGUUCUUUGGAGGAGACAUAUCCAUUCAGAAGGAUAAAGAUCAGGAUACCAUUGCUGUGGAUGAAUGGAUUGUUUUCCAGUCUCCAGAAAGAAUAGCGCACUUAGUUAAGAAUUUAAGACAAGAGCUUGAUGAUCUUCUGCAAGAAAAAAUAGAAAACCCACAUCCUGUGGACUGGAAUGAUAUCAAAUCCAGGGAUACAGCAGUACUGACAGCGAUAAUAGACUUGAUCACAACACAGGAGAAUGAAAGUGCCAAAAACUAUGCUCCACGGUUCCAAAGUGAACACUAUAGUUGACACACUUUCAUCUGUAUUGAUAAAGACAACACUCACCUUUUUGG